AAGCAGAUGAAAGUCGGCGUCGGGAACUUUCUCCUAUGAGUAAAUGCGAUCGAUGAUCUGAAAUAGAUCCUCAUAUUGGGGGGGGGGGACAUGAUUUUACGAUGGAUUUGAUCUGUGUCGGCGUCAUGGGGUUGAUUUCAUUGCUUAUGUUGUGUAUCCAAGCAAGCACACCAAGUAAGCAUCUCCAAACUCCCACAAGUACUAGGGAGGUACUAGGGAUGUACAGUGUGUGUAAUAGACAUGUUUGAUCGAUGAUGCCCAUCUACCUACUUCUCGAGUAUUGGUCGCAAUGCCACGCGUUGCAGAAAUUACAACUGGGCAAUGAAUGGCAAGAUAAGGUGAUGUUAGAAUGUCCCAUGAAACAUGGAAUUAUGACCAGACCAGAGCAUCAAACCACCAACUUAUCGAUAACGCACCGUGCUUCCGAUACUUUCCAAGUCCUAAGUGUUCCUCAAAGACGAUUAUUCAAUCAAGUCACAAACAUAAUGUCUUCAUCAAACAAUAACGCAAAGGACGUUUCCGAAAAUGGGGAUGUGGCCACCUCAGAGGCAGAUUUAGCCCAGGCCUUCAAAGAACUUCAACGAGGCGAAAAGACAGCACAGAUGCUCGAAUCCAACCUUGCAAAUCUCGAAAAGAAGAUUGACGACCUCUUAGCGAGCUUCGAGGCUCAGGGCUCGGCGCAGACCGAGACGAAUCAGGAUGAUUCCACUAGGAAUUAGGAGAAAAUAGACGAAAGUGGUCACACGGAGUCUUGAAUCUGGGGUCUAGAUGCUUCAUGUACCGAAGUCAUGCUGUCGCUCCUUAUGUCUUGCGUCUAGACUUGCAUGAAGAAGAGUUUGCUGUCUGGAAUUCCGAAUUCUGCUCGAUCAUGCUGAGGGCUUUUUCCGGUACCCGCCAUCGAUCUUUUACGUUGAUGCUGCGACUGAGAUGUGCAGAUGUGCAGAUAGACACGCGGGGUCUCCACCCAACAAGGGAAUCACUAGAUUCUACUUGGGGAAUAGAUUUGAAGCUGUUUGAUACAAGUAAUGAUAUGAGCUUCCUCUAUAGAGAACAAAAGAGAAUAACUUAGUAUCGAAUAGUAUUCUACUGUACUCUUACUUGUCUGAUCUCCACGUUGCAAUAUUGGAAGACUACAAUACAUCGUCUCA